AUGGACGUUACCAGCGGAAUGAGACCCAUCUUCGGAGGAUACCCGUUUCAAGGACAGGGACGCAUGAAUCAAUUGGGAGGCGUCUUCAUCAACGGUCGACCGCUACCGAAUCACAUUCGCCUGAAAAUUGUCGAAAUGGCAGCGGCUGGAGUCCGCCCUUGCGUGAUAUCGCGACAACUUCGAGUCUCUCACGGCUGCGUUUCGAAAAUUUUGAAUCGCUACCAGGAAACUGGCUCCAUUAGACCGGGCGUCAUCGGCGGUAGCAAGCCGAGGGUAGCAACCCCUGAAAUCGAGGCGAGGAUAGAAGAAAUGAAAAGGGACAAUCCGGCAAUCUUCUCGUGGGAAAUCAGAGAAAAAUUGGUGAAGGAAGGUUUCUCAGACCCUCCAAGUGUCAGCUCCAUCAGCAGGUUACUUCGCGGUGGACGACCUGGUGAUGAUGGGAAAAAGGACUACACCAUCGAUGGCAUACUAGGCGGCGGUCGUUGUGGUGAUGAAUCCGAUACGGAAAGCGAACCUGGAAUUCCUCUAAAGCGAAAGCAACGGAGAAGCAGGACGACAUUCACUGGGGAACAACUAGAACAACUGGAGACAGCGUUCCAGCGUGCUCAGUAUCCGGACGUUUAUGCUAGGGAAGAAUUGGCUCAGAGGACUGGUCUCACGGAAGCAAGAAUUCAAGUGUGGUUCAGCAAUCGCAGAGCGCGACUACGAAAGCAUGCAGGAAGCAUAGUUCACUCGGUAGCAAACUUGCCAUUGACUCCCUGUCAAUAUGCGAGCCACGAGCUUGCGCAAAUACCGCAGGUCCCUCAAAUACCACCUGGAAUAACGCAAGUUCCAACCACGUUGCACCAUAGUCCAACGACGUUGCAACAAGCAAGCACCGCUGUUCAUCAGGUUCCAGGAACCAAUGCGCAGAUGUCAACCACCACUUCCGUGGCCCAAGUGCCUUCCACGAUCGGUAGUGCCCUUCAAGGACACGCGGUGUCGAUUUCGGGACAUUUGAGUUCUUUACAGGGACACGCAAUGCAACUUGGACAAGUACCGACGAUUCAGCCUCCUGCGGCUCACGGGGCACCUACGACCCUCUCUCAUAAUCCUGGUAACACCGAUUGGUCCAGGACGCAACUCGGCUGGGGACAGUUCAAUCACUUCCAAGGUGAAUAUACGUCGAGUCAUUCGAGUCAUCAACAUUCCUCGCACGCGAGUCAUGCUGGUACACCGUCUUCUGGUACCGGGAAUUCUGCAUCGGCGGUGGAGUGGUACGACCAGGGCUACGAUUAUUCCCAACACGCUCAGUUGAACUAUCAUCGAAGCGUGGGCGGCAUAUUUUAACGGACGAUGAUUGCAUGGGCAUUAGUAAAAGUCAGUUAGGUAUCGAUCGACGUUUUAUUGCGUAUUAUGGGUUUCGCCUUCUGGAGAACUUUCCGGUUCUCCAUCUUCUUCGUCAAUCCCUGUGAGUUCAGCAAGUUUGCUUUGUCUUUACUUUAGACAGUCGAGAUGUCUGAGAAAUAAAAAUAAAGAAAAUGGAUAAAGGUGGAUUUAGGUAUGUCCUGUUAGGACAUCCUUAUAGAUAUGUUUCUCGUGGUCUUCGAGUUAUAUUGUACAUUUUGUAAAUAAUGCAAAAUAGGAUUCGGCAUUUACAAUGUUGGGCAAGAGUUUUAAAUCGCUGUACAUUCCAAAGAAUGACAAAGCUUUCAACAGUUCUUAAUGAAGAGUAAGCGAUGUGGCAAUAUGUUGAUACAAUACGCAUUUUAGUGCUGUAUUAAUAUAACGUUAAUUGUAAUACAAUUAGCAAAUUCUAUACAAACUGCAUAAGUCGUAUGAGCAUCAAAAAAUAAUCUGUAAAAUACAGAAAGAAAUUAUUUAUUAAAUUAUUAGUUGUUUUAUUUAAAAAAUUAAUAUUUUGUAUUUAACAUCGUCCCUAAAUUAAAGAAAAAGUGUGGCAUAGGAAACAUUGAAACGUUUUCAGUACAGGAAUGCAAUCGCUUAUUAAUUAAGUGAAGGAUAAAAACUAAUGUUUGUAUCGAAAAAUUUCGUAAAAAUUUCGAGAUGUGUCUAUUUUUGUAAAUAAAUCGAUAUAUUUUUAUAUUUUUAUUAUUAUACAUAAGACAUACACCAACCGAGUAUAAAAUUGCUUAACGAUUAAAAUUAAGGUAAGUUUCCAUUCUUAUUCGUAACCACGAUUGUAACUGAAACAUUUGCACAAAAUCUACGUAAGUAGGUGUCUUCAUAAAAUAAGCAAAUUUAUUUUGCGAAGAAAGUGUAGCUCUACCAUUCUACCGCUACGAUAUCUUUAGUCUUCUUAAAUCCUAUUCAAGUAGACCACAUGAAUCACGUAUACUCCAGAAUUGGAUCAGAUCGUUAUUCAUACAGCGGAAUUAUUUAACAAUGAUUGAAUACGGAAGUAACACAAUACGAGAAUAAGGUGCACAUAAUUUAGCAAAAAUUAUGUACCACCCGAGACAUUUAUUACACUUGCAACAUCAUGAAACGAGUUAAUCUCCCUUAGAAGAUUACUUUCAAAGUACUACGACAUAUCUUGAAUACAGGGCGAUUUAAAGGAAAGGAAAAGCCGUAAAAUAGUAUUCUCAUAAAUACGAAACAUGAUUCUGCU